AAAACUCAAGAGGCAUCGUUCACAGAAGGAUUAAGCAUUUCUAGAGGCGUGCUUCCGAAAGAGGACGCACCGGUUCUCCUUUUGUUAUACGAACCACAUUCACUUCAUUACCUCAAGGAGCAGCAGCCAAAACCGGACGUUUAAGAAUUGCUUACAGUUUUUUUCAAGUGUUGCUCUCUCAGGUCUGUGACUGAGAAAUGAAUCAUAAAAUCAUUUUUCUAUGGACUUUUCUACUGCAUUUCGCUGUUGGGGAAAACACUGUUCUUAAAGAUGAAGACGAGGGGUUUGAUGAAUCAUCAGCAGACCAUACGACUACCCGUGGCAUGAUUAAGUACAAUAUGAGGAAGAAUUUAGACUUGGACCAAGAAGGGUGCUACCUGCAGACUGGCAAGAAGGCCUGUUUAGAAGAAUGUGGCUUCAACGCCACAGCCAAGACUAUCUUCAUCAUUCACGGCUGGACGAUGAGCGGCAUAUUUGAAGCCUGGAUGUACAAGCUGGUCUCUGCAGUGAUGCAGCGUGAAAAUGAAGCCAACGUGGUGAUUGUUGACUGGAUCCCCUUGGCACAGCAGCUCUACCCUGACGCAGUCAACCACACUCUCGCUGUCGGUCUUGAUAUUGCCAACAUGCUCGACUGGCUCCAGGAGGAGCUGCAGCUGCCUCUGGAGAAUGUGCAUCUAAUUGGAUACAGUUUAGGGGCUCACGUAGCAGGUUAUGCAGGAACCUAUGUAAAAGGGACUCUUGGUAGAAUCACCGGUCUUGAUCCAGCAGGGCCCAUGUUUGAAGGUGUGGAGGAGAAGAAACGCCUGUCCCCUGAUGAUGCUGAUUUUGUGGAUGUUCUGCACACAUAUACCCGAGAGGCUUUAGGCGUGAGCAUUGGGAUCCAGCAGCCAAUUGGAGAUGUUGAUAUCUAUCCAAACGGUGGCGACGUGCAGCCUGGCUGUGCACUCGGUGACGUGCUGGCAGCAGCAGGAAAUUUCAUGGAGGUGAUGAAGUGUGAACACGAGCGAGCUGUGCACUUGUUUGUUGACUCCCUGAUGAACAAGGACCACAUGAGCUACGCCUACCAAUGUAUUGGUCCAGAUCGCUUCAAAAAGGGAAUCUGUCUCAGCUGCCGCAAAAACCGCUGCAACAACAUUGGCUACAAUGCCAGAAAGAUGCGCAAGAGGCGUAACAGUAAGAUGUACCUGAAGACACGAGCCAACACUCCUUUCGGGGGUUACCACUAUCAAAUGAAGAUGCACGUGUUCAACAGGAAGCAGUCUGACUAUGCCGAUCCAACCUUCUAUGUGAAACUGUAUGGAGGACAUAACGAUACAGGAAACAUUUUUGUUGUCCAUGAUGAUCCUAUUGGCCUGAACUUCACCAACACUUUCUUGGUUUUCACCGAAGAGGACAUCGGUGACCUGCUGAAGAUCCGUCUGAGCUGGGAGGGGGACUCUGAAUCCUUGAGCUCUGUAUUCAAGUACAUCAAAAACUCUUUCUGGAACUGGAACGCCAAGGCCGCCAAACCUGUGCUAGAAGUCCGACGGAUUCGUGUAAAAGCUGGAGAAACCCAGAAAAAGUUUACUUUCUGUGCGCAAGACCCUUUGGAAACGGAGAUUUCUCCAGGGGAGUCGAUGACCUUCGUAAAGUGCCGUGAUGGCUGGGAGGUUAAACCUAGAAAACGGCUACCAAUGUAAGACGUUGGGACUACAAAUGACCAAUGCACAGUCACCAUGGGGAGCCCCAGUGUUGGUCAGGGAGAAGCACAAUCUUCUCUUCACUUCUGCACUUUCAUUGGAUUUAUUGGUGCACUGGGGAAGGAGGCUUCAGGUCUCAAAUGUUUCUUGAAAUAAGGAUGUUGGGGAGUGGGGUCAUCUUUCUACAAGAAAGCUGGGAAAUUGUGCACGGGCUCUUAGCUGUGGAGGUCCUGCUUGUGUUGAGACUGCUGGGAAAGUCAUUGUACGUUCCUCUUGUGUGGGCUAGUGAAGUAGAAGAGUUUUGUGCCAGGAGACACACCAGCCAUUGUAGACUAUACUGUAUGUUUUUAAAAUAUUUUAUUUAUUAAAAAAAAUAAGCACUGCAAGACCAACAUAAUUUAUCAGCACAUCCCAUAAUGGAGCACAUGUUGAAUUCUUCCAGAUGCAGUAUUUAAUGUGUGUAUGUUGAUGUGUUUGACCAAGAACUGCUGAGAGAUUACUUAUGCACUGUAUUUUGAUCUGUUCGGUACAACAUAGUGUUACAAAGUGAGUCAUUUUGGGGUGUGUGUAAAUAGUGUAAAUAUUUUUUGCAAAAUAAAGUCAUUUGUAGGAACA